AUGGAAAAGCAAGAAACAUUAGAAACUACACUUACUCAACUUACCAAAGAUGUCAAGACUUUACAAUCAUCUUAUGAAAAUUUAAAGUCAAAGGCAAAGGAAAAUGGCCAUGAAUGGUGGCAGAAAGGAGCAACACAAGGAAUCAGAGUUGCUGUUGAUAAUUGGCUUUAUCCUAACGAUAAGGUUUAUGAACAAGCUAUUCGAAAAGAGCUUGAAGAACUUUGUCCAGAUAGAAUGGAACAUUACAAUAAAGUCUCCAAAUGGGAAGCUUUAUAUUGUAAAAUUGAAAAUAUGUAUCGAAUCUUGCAAAUAUCGUGGAGCAUUAUUUGGACUUUCCAUCAUACUGUAUUUGAACAUGUUUUCAAAAAGAAAGUUUCUCCAACUGUUAAUUCUGAAAGUUCUGAAUCUGAUAUCGCUUCCUGGAAAUUGAGCGAAGAAGUAAAGUGGUGUUUUGAAAAUCUGGACAUGAUGAAUGAAGAAGAAGACAAGACAUAUCUUCAAAUGGUUGCCAAAAAAGUGUUUGGACGGCAACCUACAAGAAAUCAACAUGCAGUUGCUCAUGCAAUUUUACAUAACCUGUUCAAUCCCGAAAUUACAAAAUUAAAUUUGAUGAAAAAUACUUGA